GGUAGGGCAAGGAAGACACGCCUGGAGGACGAAGGACGACGGCACCGGCCGCGACCAGUAUAUAAGAGCGUCCGCCGGGCGCCUCUCCAGGUACAGUUCAGACUCCAGAAGCCAUGAAGGUCCUGAUCGUCGUCAGCGUGCUGGUCGCCGCCUGCCUGGCCAAGCCGGGCUACCUGUCGCUGCCCGCCGACACCCCCGAGGUGGCCGCCGCCAAGGUGGCGCACUUCGCCGCCUACCACGAGGCCGCGGCGCGCUCGGCCGGCGUGGUGGCGGUGGCGCCCUCCUACGGCUACGCCGCCUACGGGCCCGCCAACAUCGUGAUCGGCGCCGACGGCGUCCCCCUGGACACCCCUGAGGUGGCCGCCCGCAAGGCCGCCGACGCCGUGGCGCACGCCCGCGCCGCCGCCGGGCUGCCCGCCGUCGGGCCCGUCCCCGUGCCCGCCGCCGUCGUGCCCGCCGUCGACGGAUCCGUCCCCGCUGACACUCCCGAGGUGGCCGCCGCCAAGGUGGCCCACGCAGCCGCCCACGUGGAGGCCAACGUGCGCAACGCCGCCGAAGCCGUAGGCAUCCACGGUCUGUACAGUGUGGUGCCCAGCGUCUACUCGUACGGCGUGGUGCCCGGCGCCUACAGCGUCCACCACGACGGCACGCUGCUCACCCCGGAGGGUGUGCCUCUGGACACCCCUGCCGUGGCCGCAGGCAAGGUGGCCAACGCCGUGGCGCACAUCAGGGCCAAGAGCGGCAUCAUCGUCUGAGCGCGCCACUGUGCCUCGCGACCGCUGCCCGACUACGGAUUCCGGCUGGACAAUCCGAACACUGUGCCAUACGUUUCUAUCCCCCCUCCCCGACACGUGCAUCCCAAAAAAUCGUUUUGUGAUCUGUUGUAUUUUUAAUAAAUAUACGUGAGUUUUUA